CUAAACACCAUUUCAGGAGUAGAGAACAUUUAUCGAGUCAUGCUGUCGCUGGGCCUUGAUGUGACAAUUCUUUUCAAGGGCGCUGUGUGUUUACUUUGUAUUAUCCUGAUAAUAUUGUUGUUGGUUGAGCUACUCAAGACAUGGAACAGAUACAGUGAGGAGGAGGGUCUUUAUCAAACAUCGGAUUUGAAACUUUUGCAGGAGCUUUCAUCACAGACUGUCACCUUGUUCACUGACUGCCUAGACCAGCUGGGACAGCUAGAGAAACUCACAGUAAAGUCCCAUGCUGCAAACAGCUCAGUUAUCAGUCAGUGUGAUGACUCGGACACCUCUGACUCCGAAUGCCUUUUGGAGACAAAGGCUUCACAACCCCAGCAACAUCGUGCCCAGUUCCCAUCUGACUGCAGGAAGUGCAUGCCUCUGCACCCCUGUGAUAACAGCAAUCGAAACGACAAAGAUAUCAGAGAGCAGUCCCAAGCGUCUAGGGAUUACACCUCCAGGAGUGGGAGAGAGAAUAUGCACAGUUUGAGGCACUUGUUUGAUGGACCAUUAGAUUCCAAGGCCCCUCUCAGCUUAGAUCCUCAGGUGAGCAAGGCCACACCAUCUGUCAAACAAGUGUUAGAUUUCCAAGCUACAGGGACCCAAUUCAUCCCUCAUGAGUACAAGGACACACCGGCGAAUCACAUGAAGCACACAGUGACACAACAGCGUUGGGAUUUGCUCCGGCUUGCUGUCCGGUCGGUGACAGCAUUCAAGUUAAAAUACACCUUGAGGACAAAUAACCCACCAGGCUUUCCAAUUCAGGCUACUGAUUAUAUAAACGAGCAAACUUUAUGUGGGUGGACGAGAGAGAGUCAGGAACCGAAGACCUGUGAGUUGUUCUCCCCCGUUCCGGAACAGUCUAUGAGGGAGCUGUUUAAGCCAGGCACGUGCAUUACUCUGCCCAGAGUCAAACACAUUUUGUUCAUGAACCAUGAGGCCAUGAACCUCAUUGAGAUGACCCAGAGGAAGAAACACUUGGAGAAUCUGUUUGGCGCUCCCACUAUCUUCACUGACUCCACGGAACUGUUGGGAGUGAUCAUAUCUAGAGCAGCCCUGCAUUUAUCUCAGAAGGCUACACCUCCACCAAAUGCAAACUUGGAAUUCAAUAGCUCCGACUCAGAGAUACCAUUUAUCAGUAAAGAGAUCCGAGACAACCUUGAGUUUCACAUAAAGCGCAAGAAGAUCCUGCACCAGCUAGGUUUGUCGGAGCAAGUCCCUUGGACUUUGGAAACCCCCACAACCAAGGCUCACAAGGUGGCCAGCUCUAAGCUUUCCUCAACAGGCCAUUAUCAGAUCCAAGUGAUGACCAGUGAUCUGUCGUUUCUGACCAAGGAACGGAAAGCGGCUCUCGAGGAUAAUGUGAUGAGGAGGAAGGCUCACAGGAACUUGGGCUACCCAACACGAGUGUUGGACUCACUGAAAGUAUAUGCGCUUCCUGAGUCAAUUGCCAUAGACCUUGGACUGAAGUUUAAUCCUCUUGGGAGCCCCUCAGAAUAGAUGUGAUCGAUGCCCCAGGAGCA